CACCGCCGUCCACAGGGUCCUCGGCAGCCGCCAUCUUGGCCCAACUCCUCGCCUCCUUCCACUUGCUCAGCCCGCCGCUGAGCGCAGCCAAUCCGGAGCUAGCUGUCCACUACUGCUGCCAAUCAUCGAGCAAACGAAAGUAAAACUAGGGGCGGGGCGAGAGUGAGGCCCGCCCAUUGCCAGAGACGAGCCAAUCACCAGUCAAGCACUUAUUCUGACGGCAAAGGGGGCGAGACGAGUAGGUCAACAGGCUCAGCGCCUGUUUAGGAAAAGUUUGGUACUGCGCACUCUCAUAGCGCGAGGAGAGCCUGAGAUCGGGGUAUUUAUCUGCCUACUGGACACCUGGUAGCGUAGUGGUUAAGAGCUACGGCUGCUAACAGAAAGGUCGGCAGUUCGAAUCCACCACGCGCUCUUGGAAACUCUUUGGGGUAGUUCUACUCCGCUAAGAGUCGGAAUCGACUGGACGGCAACAGGUUAUUAGACACCUCCACCUGCAUGAGGAAACCCUGGGGCCUAGUGGUUAAGCCUUUGGCUGCUAACCAAAAGGUCGGCAGUUGGAAUCCACCAGGCGCUCCUUGGAAACCCUAUGGAAGCAAUUCCACUAUGUCCAUAAUGUCGGUUUAAGUCGGAAUCGACUCGAAGGCAACGGGUUUGGUUUGGUUUUAUUACCUGCAUAAACCCAGACAUCCAAAACAAAGAUUCGCCUCCCUCUCUCGCUCAAUCCACAUUUCGUUUACCUCAUAAAUGUCAAAAUGUUGUUGGAUUUACGUCACAAAUGUCACUCUGUCUCGGCGUAGGGUUGGCAGGUAGAACAACACUUCCCAGAAUUCCCCGCCCUCCAUCUAGAACGCUGAGCAUUCAGAAACUACAGCUCCCAGAAUUCUGCGCGUUCCGAGGGGGCGGGGCUUUCUGGAGGCUGCUCCGCCGAAGAGGCGAUGGCAGAGCCGCCGGAGUCUCCGCACCGCUCGCUAUACAAAGUGGUGGGCUCUCCUCCUUGGAAGGAGGCUUUCAGGCAGGGAUGCCUGGAGAGAAUGAAAAACAGCCGGGACAGGCUCCUGAACAAGUACCGCCAGGCUGGAGGCAGCCUGCCAAGAGGAGCUCAGAACACCCUUCUAGUGCAAGAAGUGAUGGAAGAGGAGUGGAACGCUCUGCAGUCAGUGGACCACUAUCCAGAGGCCUUGGCUCAGGUGGAGGAGCCAAUGGACCUGGCUGUACUUGAGGAAAUCCAUCAGGAGCUGAUUGACCAAGAACAGGCCAUCAUCAGGGAGUAUGAGAAGAGCUUGCAGUUUGAUGAACAGUGGCUCAGCAGCACGCUGGCCGAGUGGGAAGCAAACCCCCUCAUCUGUCCUGUGUGUACAAAGUACAACUUGAGAAUAACAAGUGGCGUGGUCCUGUGUCAGUGUGGCCUGUACAUCCCAUCUCACUCUCUAGAGCUGACAGAGCAGAAGCUCCGUGCCUCCUUAGAAGACCAUAUACAUGAGCAUAGUAUACUUUGUCCCCACACACCUGCAUUUUUAGUCACUGAAGGGACAGAAGAAAAGUCCAGUCUUCUCAUGAGCUGCCUGGUAAGCCUCCCAUGGGACCCAGUGGUAAGAGAGGGUCAGUGGUUGAUUUUAUUCCCACCUUGACAGGAGCAACAGCUUAGAAACUGGCAAAUGUUUAAAAACGCAGUUUAUUCUCUGAGGAAUUUACUUGCAUAGAAAAGUGACAGUAACAAGUCACCUCCACUCUACCUGAUGCCAUAUCCCCUUUAACACUCCUAUUGAAAUGUCUUGAAGCAUUGAGCAAGGACCCCAUCUUCAUUUUUACUCCCAGUACUUGGCACAUAGGAAGAUGCUUAAUAUUUGUUUGUAGAAAUGAGUUAAGGUGGAAGGAGGAGAGUUGAAGUCGGGUGGCUUCACCUUCUUAGUAAGAUGAACAAGUGACUAUAAUGGUAGCAGAGCUGGAGUGUGGCGCUCCCUAAAAGUUUUAGACCAAGUGCUGGAGGGAAUGGGAAGGGCAGCUAAAGGGCAAGGGAAGGAUUGCCUAAUUGUCGUAUACACAGCUGAGACUGCAGCAUCCGCUUCUCAUGGUGUCCUCACACCUGCCAUCAGUGCCCUGUAGCUCAGAGCAGCAGUGGAGCCAAGUGGAUGAUGAGGUCUGGAAGGAGUGCUGUAGGAGGGAUCAGCAGUCUUAGGAGAGUGUGAUGGCUCCAGGGGGGCAGGGGAGGGCUCACAGCAAAGAUGAAAUGAUAAGAAACAGGAGUGGGAAGGAAGGGCAAAACGGUACUACGCAGACCACAGAGUUCAACGUUUUUAAUGGUAGAUCGCUCAAAUGCCAUAAAAUGCUAAUAUGCCACUAGGCCUUUGGUUUCACAUAAGGGAAAUCAGGUGGCAUCAAGGACCGUUGGGCUCAACAUCUAUUGAGGUCAGUCUGUAGGGCGAGUCAGCAUUGGAUACUGAGGAUGAAGUAAAAGAUAGUUGUGGCAGUGGCAGAUGGUGUAUCGCAAGGACUUAAAUAUUUGAGAUAUGAGAGGGACAGUGGUCUUGGAGCCUUUAUAGCUUAGCAGGGAUGUGACUCCAUCUUCACCAAUGGAUGCAAGCUGCUGAACCACUGCUGUUAAGCAGGCUUGUGAGGUAGCGUCUUCCAGAGAAAGCCAGAAGUAUUUCCUAUUGUCUUAGGCCGAGUUCUCUAGAGAAGUGAAAUCAGUGAAGUGUGCGUUGUGUAUACCAGAGAGAUUUAUAUCAAGGAAAAUGGCUCAUGUGGUUGCAGAGACUGCAAAGUCCCAAGCCUGAGGGCCAGACUAGAGGCUUCUGCUGACUCAUGUUGCUGCAGGGGCUGGUGAACCCAAGAUUGGUGGGUCCAACAGCAGGCCUCUGGCUUCACAGGCUGCAGAGGCUGACGAAUCCCAAGAUUAGCAGGUAAACUGCUAGCUCCAGUCCCAAGAACCAGAGGGCAGAUGGAUUCAGAGUGAGCAAAAGCCAUCGAGCUUUGCCAGAAAAGUCCACAUAUUGGAUACAGGCCACACCCCCAAGGAAACGCCUUUUCAGUUGAUUGGCUGCUCAUGGGUCACUGCCAAACCACUGGUAACUGUGGCACAGCCAAGCUGACACACAACCUUAACCGUCACACCUAUGGAAGCAGAAAAUCUGUGUCCAUGGUCAAAGUUAAGAACAGAAUUCCUUAGCAUAAUGGUGGGGCUGAGCUGUCAAGGACUCCUAAGAGUAUUUUAUAUUGAUAGGUGCUUACUGAUCAAGCGAUGUGCUCAAGUUAGUGAGUUGUUUCCGCCUAUAGCGAGCGUGGUUUUGUACCUCUGCCAUGGUAUGUGCCCUCUGCAGUCUUGUUAGGACUCUCACCUCCCUGCUGUGCUGUAAAGGCUCCAAGCUGUCAAGAGUCUGAACCAUCUUUCUGGUCACUGGUUCACUGAGGGUGAGGCUACCCACCUCUAGGGUUUGAUCUCAGUUUUAGGACAGUAUUGGUGCUGGUGGUUUCAAAAGCAGUUGCUUUAAGGCUGCAGGACAGAGGCCUAGCAGAGACCAACAGUGGGAGCCAUCAGUGGCCUCUGACAAACCACACCACUAAUUUCCUAAUUGUACCUGAACUCACAUCAUCUCGUAUGUAGGGAUUCUAACUGUAGCAUAAAUGUCAUUAUUGACUACAACUUGUAACAAAUACUGAGGGUGACUUUCAUGACUGAAAUACAAAUUAAGCUAACGAUUUUUUCUAUUUAA